UUUUAGAUUACAGUUUUAGAUUAGAUGAUAUGUAGAUUUUUGUUAUGAUUAUGUAUUGUCAGUUUUGUGUGAAGGGGAUUGUUCAUUUUGAGGGUUUAUUUACUUUUGCAAUUUUUUAUGUAUUUUUCAGAAUGUUCAUAUGGAGUUGGAAGACAUUGAUGAAAGAAUACAAUAUUUGGAUAACAUUAAGAACUCUUCUGCUUAUGUAAAAAAGAGAAAAAAUGUAAAGAUGAUGUUAGAACAAUUUCUUCAAAAAAUUCCUGGCUCCCCCACCUUCUUGUCCAUCACACCUCAUGACAUCAAACGAUUUUUAGUGUGGAAGGAUAGAUUUGGAAAAACAACAGUACAUUCAUAUAAAUGCAAACAAUUAGGGAUAACUGGGGAUAGUACUUGUAAGUGUCCAAAAAGGUUGGCAGCAGCAUCAGUCAGAAAUAUUAUCCAGCACCUUGUAGAUAUAUUAGAAUUAGAGGGUAGAGGAAGAGCAUAUGAUGAAUAUUGUGGGGUUGGGAACCCAGCUGCAUCUGUUCAAAUUAAGGGUUAUUUGAAAUGUGUUCAAGAGGAACAAGCAAAAGCACACAUUCUACCAAAGCAGGCAAAACCAUUCUUUUUAACAAAACUUGAAACAAUUUCAAAGUUUAUCAGUAGAGAAUUGGGAAGGUCUGAUUUAACACUUAAGGAAAGGUUUGUUUUGAUAAGAGAUCAAGCAUUGUUUAAAUUACAAUUUUUUGCUGGUGACAGGGCUAGCGAUAUUGCAAUAACUUUGUUACAAGAAGUGAAAUACUUGAGAAAAAAAGAUGGGUUUGCAUUUAAUCAUACAUUUGGGAAAACUCUCAGGGGUAAUGGAAAGACAAAUACAUUUGUAAUAAAAUGUUGCCCGAAUGAAACAAUUUGUCCAGUUCGAGGCUUAGAAAGAUAUUUUGCAGAGGCAAAACGAUUAGGGAUAGACAUGUCUUCAGGAUAUCUUUUUAGAAUGGUGACUGAGUCAGGAAGAGUUAUUAAUGAGCCAAUGUCUUACUCCUCUAUAUAUGAAAGACUUAAAUGUUAUUUGAUUACUCUUGGAAUUGAUGAGGGUGAGACACCACAUAGUUUAAGAGCAGGGUGUGCUGUUCAUAUGUGUUUCUCAAAUGCUGCACAUGAUGUUCAUGAUCUUAUGAACCACGUUGGAUGGGCAACAGAAAGUUCUGCAAAAUAUUAUAGUAGAUAUGACACUCUGUUAGAUGCAUCGAACACUGCUGUUAGAUUAGCACAAUCAAGUGAGAGGGCAAAAGAAAUUGAAAUCAUGUUCCAUGACAAGGCAAAUUUUGGGGAAUUGCCAUCUAUUACUACUGAAUGAUGUUUAGUGCAUUGUAUUGUUGUACAGUUUUUUGUAACAUGUUUUAAAAGAAUGCAUUGCGUAAUGUUUACAAAAUUAAAAAUAAUUCAAUUUG